GCGGGCUACUUGAACUGAGAGAAAGCAGGUUCCGUUUCUCCAUGGCUGUGUUGUAGUUGUUCGUGUUCCGCUCGGUUCGGUUCGGUUCGGUUGUGGUUGAUCGAAGAUGGACUCGUAGCUAGUUUUCGUCCCGCGGAUUGUGAUCAGUCUCCCGCCACAGCUCUCGUUGCCAUCUCAACUGUUUUGUUUUAGUUUCUUAAAGUUUCUCCAGCCGAACUUCAGCAACUGCUGCUCUAGCAGUCGGAACCCGAACCUUCGGCCGAACUCCUCUCUCCUACGACAGCGGGUUCCUGCAGCGGAGCGGUGAGCAUGUCUGCAGCCGGCAGGAGCGCGGCCCCCGGCCUCCACAACCAGGAGAACAUGCUGUCCAGGCUGAGAGGCGCCAUCAAAGCCCGGCCUGCAGCCAACGAGAACCAGGAGAACCUUCCCCCCAAACAGGCCGCCGGCAGAACCGUCUUGGGAGCUCUACAGAACAAGCAGCGGAACCAAACCCAGAACCUCCGCGGCGGGAAGCAGGAGUGUGCACAGCCCUCAUCCUCUAAAGCUGAGGAUUUUGGGAAAAACUUCUUUGAAAAGCCGCCUGCCAAGCAGCCGGCCUUCCAGAUCCACGUGGAUGAACCUGAUGGAGCCUGCACCAAGAAACCUGUGGCUGAGGCGGUCAGAGCCAAGGCCGCAGUCCAACGCUCUCCUGUGGCCGUCUGCAGCGCCGUGACGUGCCGACAGCCUCUGGCGGCCAUCAAUGUCCCGUCAGUUUUGGAUGCCAGCUUUGAUUCUCCCAUGGACAUGUCAUUAGUCGAGGCAGACGAGAAACAAGUUAAUGUCAACGAAGUCCCGGAAUAUGCAACGGAAAUUCAUUCGUACCUGAGGGAAAUGGAGGUGAAAACCAGACCAAAGGCAGGCUACAUGAAGAAGCAGCCGGACAUCACAAACAGCAUGAGGGCUAUUCUGGUAGACUGGCUGGUGGAGGUUGGAGAAGAGUACAAGCUCCACAAUGAAACACUUUAUCUGGCAGUGAACUACAUCGAUCGCUUCCUCUCAUCGAUGUCUGUCCUGAGGGGCAAACUCCAGCUUGUUGGGACUGCUGCCAUGCUGCUGGCUUCGAAAUUCGAAGAGAUUUACCCUCCUGAGGUGGCAGAGUUCGUCUACAUCACAGAUGACACUUACACCAAGAAGCAAGUGUUGAGAAUGGAGCAUCUAGUGCUCAAAGUGCUCUCAUUUGAUCUGGCUGCACCAACAAUAAACCAGUUUCUUACUCAGUACUUCUGCCACCACACGGUCAACAAACAGGUGGAAAGCUUGGCAAUGUACCUCGGGGAGUUGAGUUUGGUAGAUUCGGACCCCUUCUUGAAAUACCUGCCAUCUCAGACGGCGGCUGCAGCCUACAUCCUCGCCAACAACACGGUGACCGGAGCUUCCUGGCCUAAAUCCUUGGCAGAGAUGACGGGCUACAUGCUGGCAGAUCUGAUGCCAUGCAUAGAAGACCUCCACAAGAUGUACCUGAACGCCACUCAGCACGCCCAGCAGUCUGUCCGUGAGAAGUACAAGUCCUCCAAAUACCUUGAAGUCUCCACUAUGGCUGUGCCCUCCAAGCUGCUGCUGAAGUGACCUGCGUGUUGAUGUGCUGUCUGUCUUUUUAAUCAUUUUUUGUAAAUGACGUAGCGGUUUUAGACGGCAUGUUCUGCUCCUUUUGGAGUUGUUUUUUGUUUUUUCAUUUUAAAGAGGUUUUAAUAUUUUUAUAUUUCUAGUCUCAGCAUUUACGCCAUGUACAACAAGAUUAUCUAAUCAAUGGCUUUUAGUGUCAGUCUUUACUCGGUGCUGCUUGGAUAUGCAGUCUAAAUGAUCUGCAAAUGUUUCAACCUAAAGAUGCCGGCAGUGUUUUCAUCUUUUCAGAGGGACUGCCUGAUGUGAUGCAGAUUAAAGAGUGACUCUAUGAUC